CCGCCCCAAAGGUGAACUGCGACACCACCGCCUAUAUCGCUGAAGCCUGACCAAGGAGCCAGCCAGCACACCUUCUCGCCUUCACUGCACCCCUCAAUACACCUCUCUACACCACUCCACUCUUUUCUGUUUUCCUAUCUAAACACCCAAACACCGCCUCUCAUUCUACCCGCCAUGGCCUCGCGCCGGCUGCGAUCGCGAGCUUCUCUGACUGCAGAGUCCAGCAAUGCCUCUUCCCGCCCACGACGCGGCGUAGCAGCCCCCGCCGCCAGGAUCGAGCGGACUUCCCCCGAAGAAAUUCGUCAGUCCAUCCAUCUCACUGUCAAGGCCCCGCCCAGCAAGCUCAGGCAAGCCACCAGCGGGUCUUCUCGCAACGUCUCCGGCAGCUCGCGAGCAGGCUUUGCGGGCGGUGAGAUUGUCAACGGCCCUCGCGGCACCCGGAACAAGAAGGUCAUACUAGACGAGACAAGCGAGGAGGAAGAUGACGACGAAGAUGAGGAACCUGAAGAGAUGGACGACGACGACGAGGAAGAGGAAGAGGCCGAUGAGGACGACGACGACAUAGAUGCUGAGGGCGAGGAUGAUGUUGAAAUGGAGGACGCCCCUCCCCCACCACCCGUAGCGAAGCCUCGGGGCGUCGCGCGACUCCUCAAGCCAAGCAUCAACGUUACGCCCGCUCCGGACGUCUCCAGCGUAGAAGCCAAGGAAAUGGCAAUGGCUAAUGACGACGACGACGAUGACCUGUCGGAGUUAGAUUCCCAGGAGGAAGACGACGAAGACGAGGGCGGCGACGAAGAUGCUGAAGGCGAGGACGAUGACAUGGAGGAUGUUGAACGAGAUGACGAUCUAGACAGCGACGACGACACUCAUCGCACUAUGAGCCGCAGCCAUACCCCUGAUCUCAGCAAGUUGACAAGACGUCAACGGGCCAUGGCGGAAGAGACCGACUCUGGGCUCAUGUUUCUGUCUAAUGAGGCUCAGAAGAAGAAGCACCUUACUGCCGAAGAACACGCCAUGCGUAGAGCUGAGAUGGCACGCCGCCGAAAGAACCUCAGCGAGAAGCGGAACGAAGAAGAGAAGAUGGAUACCAUCAACCGACUGCUGAAGAAGCAACCACCCAAGCGUCGUGGUCGCGCCGCGGCAGACAACGGAGAAUCCGGCCAGGACGACGAGCCAGAGGUCGAAAAAGCCUCACCACUCUACGUUCGCUACACCCAGACCAUCAAGGGAAGUCAGGUCGCUGUUCCAGAGGAAUGGCUAUCGUCUCCGAUCGGCACCGUAUUCACCGGCGCGGUUCCCGCUCCUAAUCCUCCAAGACCCUUCACUGGGCGUAUGGUGGAGGAAGUGGCUUGAGUUAAUGAGGCUAGCAAGUGUAUGAUACAGUUUUCAAACAUGCAUUGGCAAGGUGUUAGGUGUCUAUCGGUCAUCUUCCACA